AUGUUUCUACCUCCUACAACUGCGCUUGGAGCAGGAUUAUAUUCACUCAGCUUGUAUGGUGGGCUGAUAGUAUUUGGUGGUUUCCUGUUGUAUGAUACACAAGCAAUAAUCAAGCGAGCAGAAAUGCAUCCCACUUAUGCAUUACAGCCAUAUGACCCAAUAAAUUCGGCCAUUUCAGUAUACCUGGACGUUCUGAACAUCUUUAUCAGGAUUGCUAUGAUCCUAUCAGGCUCUGGAGGAAACAGGAGAAAGUAA